GUAUUUGUGUUUGUUCUCUGAGCGUUUUUUCUUCAUUUUUUGUCUUUCACUCAACAAAUAUAAUUGUUAUUUGAUCAAUUUAUAAUAUCGUUCAUAUCAUAUAUGGCGCCAACACCAACAACCAGUAAGAUUGAAAAGAAAAGUGCUGGAAAAGCACAGAAAUCUGUUCGUGUAUCGGAUAAAAAGAAGAAACAUCGUCGCCGUAAAGAAUCAUUUUCGAUUUACAUCUAUAAAGUAAUGAAACAAGUACAUCCGGAUACAGGAAUAUCAUCGAAGGCAAUGUCCAUAAUGAAUUCAUUUGUCAACGACAUAUUUGAACGUAUUGCAGCCGAAGCAUCGAGAUUAGCACAAAACAAUAAACGAACAACAAUUACUUCAAGAGAGAUACAAACUAGUGUACGAUUAUUGUUACCGGGAGAAUUGGCCAAACAUGCAGUAUCGGAAGGCACAAAAUCUGUUACCAAAUAUACAUCGAGCAAAUGAGUAAAAAGACAAGAUAAAAAAACACAUCAUCAUCUCAUCUGUAGAUCAGUGUAAAAUUAAUUCAUAUUCUCACACAUUUUCAUCUCUAAUAAAUGAAAAUGAAAAAAAUGUGCAAUUUUUAAA